AUGCCAACCCCUCGCCUCUUCCUUGCCCGCCACGGCGAAACCGCCUGGACCCUAACCGGCCAGCACACCGGCGUAAGCGAGAUACCAUUAACCCCCCACGGCGAAACCCAAGUUACCCUCUCCUCCGCCGCCCUAAUCGGCCCCUCGAAGCACAUCGACCCCGCAAACCUUACGAAAAUAUACAUCUCCCCGCGGAUCCGCGCGCGGCGCACGGCCGAAUUGCUCAUUCCGGAUACCCGGGCUACGGAGGUGAUUUUCGACGAGCGGGUGAGGGAAUGGGGCUAUGGACGGUAUGAGGGCUUGAGGCCGAAGGAGAUACUGGCGGACCGGAGGAGGAGAGGGUUGGUUGUUGAGGGGUUUAGUAUUUGGAAGGAUGGGUGCGAGGACUCGGUGGAUGGGUUUGGGAUUGGGAAGGGGGAGAGUCCCAAGGGGAUUGAAGCGAGGAUUGAUGAGAUUAUUAAGGAGAUCCGUGGUAUUCAGGGAGGUGGGAUAGAGGCGGGGAGGGGGGACGUGGACAUCUUGAUUGUUUCUCAUGGUCACUAUUUGAGGGCCUUCACGAAGCGCUGGCUUGGAUUCUCGUUGGAUUUUCCCUUGACUAUGGUUCUUGAGCCUGGUGGAAUUGCCACACUUACUUAUGCACACAACAACGUCAACGAGCCCGCACUCCUCCUUGGCGGCACCUUCAGACCCGGGGAAUAAAAUCGUCAAGGAUAUGAUAUAGAUCUGUCGUCGAGCUCCUGGUUCAUUAUAUAGACUCUAGAUAGCACGGUUUAUACCUGAAUUAUACCAUUAUACA